UAAUUUUUCUAAGAAAGGAGAAGACUUUUGAAUCACCCUGUAAAUUGCCUUUAUUUUGUUUAUAUAUAGUUUCAAAGGAACUCGUUUCUUAUAUGAUUUUUAAUCGUCUUCUAUUUUUAUUUAGCUUCGUCAAAAACGACUGAAUCGAGCAAUUCGCAAUCAUCAUCGCAACAGAGACCGGCUUGUCCUCGUUGUGACUUUCAUGAUCGUGUUUAUAAUUAUCGUUCUUAUGGUCUGUUUAAUUCUGAUUCUGGUGCUAACAUUUAUCAUGAUCUUGCUCGUGCUGCUCGUGCUAUGGCUAGCGGUGCUUUUGAUCCUGAUGCCACCGAUGAUGAAGAUCAUGGUGUUAUACACUUGCAUGCUGAUUAUGCUUAUGCUGUUCUUGAUUUGUAUGAUAUUACCACUGCUGCUGUUGUUGCUGGUGAUGUUGAUAAUGUUGUUUGCCGCCGUACGCAUUAUUGCGUGUUUCGUUGUAAGAACGAUGAUGGUGUGUAUCUUUGUAAUCGACGUCAUUGA